AUGGCUCAGGUAGCUCUAGAUGGUAAAUUGCCUCGUCAAAUCCUUCUGGCAUUCCGAGUCCUUCCAUCAGACAGGAAGAACUCUUCCUUCCAACAGGAAAAAAAUUUCCCGACAACUGGAAGAACUCUUCCUUCCAACUGGAAAAAUUUUUCUUGUUGUUCGUCCGUAAACCAUUCAAAUUUUCGAAAAUUGAGAACUUUUUUCCCGACAACUGGAAAAAUUUUUCCCGACAACUGGAAAAAAAUUUCCCGACAACUGGAAAAAUUUUUCCCGACAACUGGAAAAGUUCUUCCUUCCGACAGGACACAAACGAAUGUCCGACGUUCCUCUUCCUGA